GGCUUCGUGCCGGGCGAUUUUAGCCUCGUUUGAGUUCGGGGCAGCCUGCGUGUGGCCACGAUCGGCAGGCCGAUCAUAAAAAGAGCCAUGCCGAUCAUGCGGGUUGGCUUGUCGAAAGUGCCUCGUCGAGUGGGCAUCUAUCACAAGACAGAUUACUCCUCACUCGCCCGGCGGCCGCGGCGGCACCUUCAAGCGCCUCAGCUCGGCGCCGUCGUCGCGAGGCUUCACCUGCGGCCGGCACGGCUUCGCCACGACCGCGGGUUGUUUGUCGAAUUGGCGGAUCAGUGUGGGGUCGUCCUGCGCGGACUGCCGAGAUACGGCGGCCCGCGUCGACGCCAACCCGCGCGCCUCCGUGUCGGAGAGCUUGAAGCUCCACGCGUGGCGCGUGCGCUUGCCGCCGCGGCCGGCCGCCUCGCCGCUGUAGUAGCUCGCGUCGAGGCGCCCGGCGUUCCAGCGCUCCGCGAAUUGCGCGAAGAGCUUCCGCGCCUCGUCGGCCGCGAUGUCGUCCAAGUAGAGGUCCUUGGCGUCGCGCAGCCAGGUGCGGAACUCCGCUGCCCUCGCGUAGUAGUCGUCCUCGGCGUCGAGCUUUUCACUCGGGAUAUUCGCCGCGACGACCGGAGCGUCGUCGUCGUCGUCGCGGCGGCGUUUCUUCUCCUUCUUGGAUUUUUUCUCCUUCUUGUGCUUUUUGUGUUUGUGCUCUUUCUUGUGCUUCUUUUUCUUGCGCUUGCGGUCCUCACUGCUGCUGGAGCUGUCUGAGGAUGGCAUUGCUCUUACCGGUGCAGCAGCGGUCGGAUUCGAUAGUAGGGCUGCUCGGCCACAGUGUUGAGUUGUAAAUCAGCAGUCAGCCGCUCUGGGCACGCGACAGCGGCCUCAAUUGGGCUUGCUUUUAGGCGUGUGCU